GUACCCGGAGGUGUGGGUGGAGACGCCUUCCAGGACUCGUGUGGCACAGUGGAGGGACGUGGACAACGCCCCCGGCCUCGUGCACCUGGCCAUGGCACUCGCUGAUGAACCACAGCAGGGUGUAUAUACGAUAUUCGUCAGGACUGAGGAGGACAAGUCCCAUAGUACCACCUUCAUGGUCGAACAGUACGUCUUGCCGCGCUUCCAGGUGACCAUCGUCCCACCUGAGUACCUACUGCUCACCCACACCUCCUUCUUCUUUACCGUGUGCGCCAGGUACACGUUCGGCCAGUCGGUGCGGGGUGAGGUGCGCCUGGAAGUGAGCAACGGGCUUCAUCGGAAUUGUCGGGUCUUGGUAAUUAAGGAAGCUCUGAUAUUAGGUUGUCAAAACGUAGGGGUGGAGGCGAGGGAGGUGCUGCUGGAGGAGUGUGGUGUGUACCGAGUGACGGUACAGGCGACGGUAACAGAGGACGGUACAGGAGUACAACAAGCAGGACGCGGGCACGUCACUGUCUCCAGCCAACCUGUCGUCUUCACCACCGUUUACAGCGACCAAUUUAUGAAGCCUAAUCUACCAUUUACUAUUAAGGUGAGGGGAGAGCUGCCUGACGGGACCCCAGCUCCUGGAGUGGCCUUGGAGAUGUGUGCUGCCGGCGUCUGCACUAACACUACCACCUCUCAAGACGGCUCUGUAACCGCAGUCCUUCCCUCAUACACCACCAACAGAUUUUUCCUGAAGACCUUAGGGUGCAGUGCUCGAGUACAGUCCUCUCUAUACAAUCUGCAAGUCAAUCACUACGUCUCCCCCUCCAACUCCUCCCUGAUGAUCUACGCCCCUGACACCAGGCUGAAGUGUGACCCCGGUGCUGCCCUCCGACACUACCUGCCUGUCAUGUUCUCUGCUACCAACACCACCCGUGUCUCCCUCAACGUCCAGGUUGUGUCGCGGGGACUGGUGCAAUAUUGGAAGACGGAGGAGUACCAGAUGAACCCCGGGGUUCUCCCCAUUAGUGUGGAGCACCUGGUGGGUGCCCUAUCCCCUCCUCCUCCACACACCGUCAGGGGGGUCCUUCAUGUGCCCCUCACCCUUCCCCAUACGGCUUCUCCCACAGUCAAGGUGUUGAUGUGGUACACUCGGGAGGAUGGGGAGGUGGUGUCGGACGCGCGAGAUCUGGAGGUCGAGCGCUGCCUGGGGAGUGAGGUGCGGCUGGAGUGGAGGGAAGAUUCGACACAGCCCGGUGCCCUCACUGCUCUGUCCCUCUCCUCACGACCACACUCUCUCUGUAGCCUCGGUGUGGUUGACAGAAGUACAGAGCUGCUGUCAACGCGUGAAGACCCCAUUACCCUGGAGAAAAUCUUUGACUUUGUAAAUACGUACGAGAUCUACCCAUGGGGCUUCAGGCCGGGUCCGUGCGAGAACCAAGAAACUGCAUUUUCAGGCGAUGCAUCGCUCCGAGUGCAGCCGCUGCUGGGGUUCCCUCCAUAUCCGGUGUUCAGCGAGUACGUGGACGCAGCCUUCAUGUUCCAUACUGCGGGGCUACUGGUGUUCUCUGACCUAAGGCUGGUGGCCGCGCCCUGCGACUCUCCCGAAUUGUUUGGAAAUAUUAAAGAUGUAAAUAAUCCUGUGCUUGAGAGGUCGUCUUCGGGUGGCGGCGACGAGGGUAUAGUUGACGCCAGGACCAGCUUCCCCGAGACGUGGCUCUUUGAUCUGUUGCUGCUCCCGUCGUCCGGGGUCACGAGACAGGAGGUGCGAGCCCCCGACACCAUCACACAGUGGGUGGGGAAGGCAGUGUGUGUCAGCCCGGACCAUCAUGUAGGGGUGUCUCUCAGAGCCAACCUCACCACCUUCACUCCCUUCUUCCUCGACCUCACUCUCCCGCCCUCUGUCAAGCGUGGCGAGAUACUCCCCGUCAAGAUCUCCAUAUUCAACUACCUCGACAGACCACUGCCAGUGAGAGUGAGGAUGGAGGAGAGAAGCGAGUUCAAGUUGGUUGGGGAGGAAGGCCAGGAGGUGGCCGGGGAGCGCAGUGUGUGUUUGGCCGCUCAGGACAAGAAAGUCGUCACCGUUAAACUUGAUAUGCUCGCUCUUGGUGACAUCAAAAUCGGAGUGUCGGCCUUUGUUGACCAACAGAUUCCUCUCUUGUGUGGCUCCAGGGAUGACUCUAUCAAGAGGAGGGAUGCACUCGUGAAGCCGAUUAAGGUGGAACCUGAGGGCUUUCCGAGGGAGAGGACUUGGACCUCCUACCUGUGCUCACAAGGACAAGAGCGUGUUAGUGGCGGGGAAGUGGUGUGGGAGGUGGAGGUCCCUGGCACUAUGGUGGAGCGGUCAGCCCGGGCCUGGGUCACCGUUGUCGCUGAUCUCCUUGGUCUCUCACUGCAGCACCUGGGGUCGUUGAUCAGUAUGCCGUCUGGGUGUGGGGAACAAAACUUGAUCACCUUCGCCCCCAACAUCUUCAUCCUGCAGUACCUGAGAGCCACCGGGCAGGACACUCCAGAACUUACUGACAAACUGAUAAGAUUUAUGAACACAGGUUACCAGCGUCAGCUACUGUACCUGAGGGACGACGGCUCCUUUAGUGUCUUUGGGAGAGCUGAUGCCUCUGGCUCCACCUGGCUCACGGCUUUUGUCCUGAAGUCCUUCGCCCAGGCCCAGACCUUCAUCUUGGUGGACGAAUCGGUCCUACGCAAGUCUCGCUCGUGGUUGGGGAAGAAACAGGGCAAGGACGGCUGCUUCUUAGCUCUGGGGAAGGUCCUACACAAGCACAUGAAGGGUGGUAUUGUUGGGAAAGAUUCUCCAGUCCCUCUGACGGCGUAUGUGAUGAUAUCACUGAUGGAAGCUGGGGAGGAGCUUCACAGUCCAGUUGUGUUAUCGGCUGCCGGGUGCCUGGCAGUUGACUCUUCUCACCACCCCUACACCCUAGCACUGAAGGCCUACGCUCUGGCCUUAGCCCGACUCCCUACGGCACAGGUGGCACUGCAACUGCUCUUAGACCAAGCAGUGGUCACCCCUGACUUUAUGUAUUGGGAACUGCCAAGCAGAUACGGGAGAAGCAGAGCAGCUGAAGUAGAGACUGCAAGCUACGUCAUCUUGAGUAUGAUAACACUGAAUGCAGAGUGCUUCUUUCAACAAGCUACCAAGAUUGUCCAAUGGAUCACGGCGCAGAGAAAUAGCAGAGGAGGAUUUUCUUCCACCCAAGACACGGUGGUGGCGCUGCAGGCUCUGGCCACCUAUGAGACACACUUCUACCAAGGCCCAGUCAGUGUGGAGGCCAGGGUGACGGCUGCCUUCCUGUCUCACACCUUCACUGUCAAUGAAUCCAACAAACUUCUAGAGCAGCGGGUGACACUGCCGGUCAUCCCUACCACUGUCCGCAUUGUCGUGGGAGGUCAGGGAUGUGCUGUUCUUCAGGCUGUUCUGAGAUACAAUGUGCCUCACCCUGAGCCGAGUGAUGCUUUCAGCCUGACAGUCACAACCAAGGUGGACCGCGACCCAGGUUGCGUCACUCAAAGCAUUUCUGCAUGUGCCGCCUACCACCUCGCCGAUGCUAUCUCCAACAUGGCUGUCAUUGAAGUCAACCUGGUGUCCGGUUACGUUCCUAUUAACCCCGAGACACCACAUCUUACCAACGAUACUGCUAGGAGGUACGAGGUGGAGGGCAGUAAGAUCUUCAUAUACCUGGAGGAGCUGACGGAGAGAGAAACGUGCGUGGUGGUGCGAGUGAGGCGAGAGAUCGUGGUGGAGAACGUCAAGCCCUCUGCUGUGGUCGUUUAUGAUUACUAUGAGCCACAGUUUUCAGUCAGUCAGGACUACCGCCUAGUUGCUCCUGAGGACUGUGUGUAAACGACCGGGUCCACUUCCUGCCAUUAUUGUUGACACCUGAACUACGUGUCGUGGCAGAGCCCAGGUGGUGCAGCAGCGUUUGGUGCUGGUGUGAGGCGCACCACACCGCUUUACACCUAUUCUACCUGGUGAUACCCCAGGUGCAGGCGCCUGUAUAAGCGAGAGAAAAUGUAAUAUGAUAUUUACAUUCGUUGAUUUGAUUGUUGAAGGAAGACCACAAACACUCCUCCGUGUAAAUCUUAGUGUGGUUGACUUAAUGGAGUACAGUAGGACCUACAGUGCACAAAAGUUUCUCUCAUAAAAAAGUAGAUGGGUGAUGCACUUGUUAUUUGCACACAUUGUUACACAAAAGUUUUAAUAAAUAUAAUACACCAGCACUUGUUUGACUAGUUCUCGUGGUUGUUCGGGAUAAAGGAAAUGACAGUAUUGCAGUCGAUGUAAAGAGUUUUGGGGUCAAUAAGACGUAUGAUUUUAAGUGAAGCAAUACUGUAUUGUGAAAUGUCUCCUUGAAUACUUAUUUUCACUAAUACUUAUUUUCACGCACAAUAAUUUGACCGUUUUGUAAAAAAGACUUUCUAUGUUGACAUUACUGGUCAAAAAAUAUCUUCCCAGGUGUUAAUACCUGUG